AUGCGCCUGUACCACGCUCUCAUGGCCACCACCGUCGCCGUCUUCGCGGUGUGCACCACGGGCAUUGACGCUGCGGGCAACUCCACCGCCACGACGCCCAAGUCCAGCGGCGGUUUCUGCGCUAAGCCGCGCGUGCGCAUCACGGAGGUCGACGUGGGCGCCUCUGUGGAGAACAACGAGGAGGAGGCCGCCCUCAAGGUCAUCGCCAUCGCCUCGCUGCCGUCGGGCGGCUCUCGCAUUGCCUUCCAGAGUGGCGAGAACGUCAUCGUGCGCGAACUCGACGCCAACGACAAGCUCGUGGCCAGCAGCCCCGCCGUCAAGGUGCCGCUGCACGACUUCGGUGACAUCUACGCCGACAAGAACGGCUUCGUCAUCGUGGGCACGCGUGACGCCGAGGGUGGAGGCACCCUCAACUGCGGUAACCCGAGCAACCUGUGUGGCGGCGGCCCGAGCCCCGCUUCGCCGUGCUACGACAUGUACAUGGUGCGCUACGAUGGGGCGAGCGAGAAGUGGGCUACGAAGCUCACUUCGUCCAGCGCCUCGCUGCCGCCGUACUCGUCGGGCAAGACUGGCCCGGACGUGUACAUGAUCUGGUGGUACGCUCACCACGCGCGUAUCGCGUCGGACGGCACGAACUGGGCCGCGUACUUCGGCGCUGCCAUCUCGACGUCGGAGGGCGGCUGCAUCAACAUCCACCAGGGUGACCGCAUGAAGGUGGUGGACCCGUCUGGCAAGAUCGCCGACAACAAGGACUCGUUCGACUGGGGCUGCUCGCACUCGGGCUACGAGCGCAUCACGUACGACGAGCGCUCCAAGAGCUUCGCGUCGAUCUGUAAGACGGACAGCAACAACCGCCUCAUGCCGCCCAACAACUGGGACGCGACCAUCUACCCCGUGGACCUCGCUGCCUCCAACCUCGGCGACAUCGUGCCGGACUCGGUCGCCUCGAGCAACAAGUACUGGUCGGCGGUGAGCAACGGCGACGGUGACAACGCCAAGGUGCACCUGAUCCACUACGACCUGAAGUCGAAGGCCAGCGAGGACAUUGUCCUGGGCGGCACCGACGCCAACGAGCGCGCUCCUCACCUCGCCCCCAUGGGCAAGGACGGCAUGCUGGCUAUGUGGGAGGGCAGCUCGGCUGGCGGUGACCUCCGGGAGGGCGGUGACCGCACGAUCUACGCGCAGGUGCUUGACCGCGCCACGGGCAAGGCCGUCAGCGAGAAGAUCACGGUGGACAAGUCGGUGGUGGGCAACCGCUACCAGGCUCUCAAGAGCUACCCGGACGGCAGCGUGGCGUACCUGUCGAAGGGCAAGACCGACACGUCGGUGCAGGUCGUGCGCUUCUUCGGCUGCUAA